CACACACACACACACACACACACUUGUCCUCAUCUUCAUUUAGCUGCGGGCCAGCUCUCCUCCAUUCCCCUCUGCUGGAAUGAGGCCCUGAGGAUUAAGGACCACCGGAUUCGGAUUGGAGCAUUGGAAGGCUCAGGCAGGACAGGAUUAUUUUUGGAGAUACAAGAUUGGACUGGAUGCUGCCUACAAUGUGCCCAGGCUGUUUUGUGCUGGGACUAGGGACUCUGUUAAACCUGUAAGCUUUAUAGAAACUGGAAUCAAGAAUCAAACCUUAUUUUUAGCUGCACUGGGAGUACUGGGACCACUGGGACCAGAAAUGUGGAGGUGUUUGGUGCGCCAUCAUAACUUCUCCACCAAAGCUAUCGCGAAGAAACGUAUUUGAUGCCUGAUGACCUCAGUCCAGAGGAGAGACACGAGCUGGAAAGCAUCCGCCGCAGAAAACAAGAGCUGCUGCACGACAUACAAAGGCUGAAGGAUGAUAUCGCAGAGGUGACCAAUGAGAUUGAAAGCCUGGGCCUGACUGAAGAGAGGAAAAGCAUGCAGAGGAACAAACAGAUGGCCAUGGGCCGAAAGAAGUUUAACAUGGACCCCAAGAAGGGGAUUCGCUUCCUGAUCGACAGCUCGCUGCUGAAAAAUACCAGCAACGACAUCGGCCAGUUUCUCUACAAGGGGGAGGGGCUUAACAAAACCGCAAUCGGCGACUACUUAGGAGAGAGAGACGACUUCAACAUCCAGGUUCUGCAUGCCUUCCUGGAGUUGCACGAGUUCACAGACUUGAACCUGGUUCAGGCUCUCAGGCAGUUCCUGUGGAGCUUUCGGCUGCCCGGCGAGGCUCAGAAGAUCGACCGCAUGAUGGAGGCGUUCGCCCGGCGAUACUGUCGCUGUAACCCCGGCGUGUUUCAGAGCACAGAUACCUGCUAUGUGUUGUCGUUCGCCGUGAUCAUGUUGAACACGUCCCUACACAACCCCAACGUGAAGGACAAACCCUCCGUUCAGAGGUUCACAGCAAUGAACAGAGGCAUCAACGACGGGGGAGACCUACCGGAGGAGCUGCUCCGAAACCUGUACGACAGCAUCAAGAAUGAACCCUUCAAGAUCCCAGAGGAUGAUGGGAACGACCUCACACACACCUUCUUCAACCCCGACAGAGAAGGAUGGCUACUGAAACUCGGAGGUGGACGAGUUAAGACUUGGAAAAGACGCUGGUUUAUUCUCACAGAUAACUGCCUCUACUACUUUGAGUACACGACUGACAAAGAACCCAGAGGAAUUAUUCCACUGGAAAAUCUGAAUAUCAGAGAAGUUGAUGACUCUAAGAAACCGAACUGCUUUGAGCUCUUCAUCUCCGACCACAAGGAUCAGGUGAUCAAAGCCUGCAAGACGGAGGCGGACGGACGCGUCGUCGAGGGAAACCACACUUUUUACAGAAUCUCCGCCCCGACCGCAGAGGAGAAGGAUGAGUGGAUGAACAGCAUCAAGGCCGCCAUCAGCAAAGACCCGUUCUACGAGAUGCUGGCUACUCGGAAGAAGAAGGUCUCGUCUCUGAAGGGUCUGUAGAGCGGGCCGAGGACUGAACGGAAAUGGACCUGAUUCUGCUUUAGUGACAUUUGGACCCGACGGAGGAUUCAGCGCUUAAAGAAGCUCUUCCUUUAGUCACGUUGUGUGCCGCCGCACCUCCAGUGCCGACGGCUUGGUCUCUUGCAGGUUUGCCGUCGUUUAAAGUUGAAUUUCCGCCUCUAGAGAGGAAAUAAUUUGGUGGUAGACCUUUUCUCUUUACCCUCUUUUAGAAUCUAUUUUUGCAGCUUCAACGCUGAUAUCAGCUGGAAAACAAAAUUCAUCUCCUCUCCGGACCACUGGGCUUCAUUGUUGUAUUGUCCCAGUUAAAAAAACGCUCUUUUCUAAGCCUGUUUUCUUACUGCUGUUGGUCUUUUUGUCAAGCGUUGUUGAUGCAUAAAUAUUUAAUUUAUCAAGAUUCUUCGUAAUUUAUUGUUUGAGUUUUGUCUCAUUAAAAGUUUUUAAACCAACA